AUGCUAGUCGAGCGCUCCUCGGAUCAGGUCAUCAAGCCAGUCAAUUUGGAAGCGCUAUCCAAAUGGGUGGGCAACAUACCCGAUAAUGUGGUGCGUGAUAUGGCCGAUAUUGCGCCAAUGUUGUCCAUUCUCGGCUAUGAUCCCUAUGCGAAUCCACCGGAUUAUGGUAAGCCAGAUGCUUGGGUACAGGAUAAUACAUUUAAGGUAAAGGCCAACCAGCAACAAUGGGAAAAUAAGGCGAGAAAUGAGUUGCACCUGGUUCAACAUCAAGUACCUAAAGGCUUUAAAUCGCAGGAGGGGGACGACAACAAUAACCAGAACAACAACAACAACAACAAGGACAAUAACAAUUUGCGACGACGUAAUGGCAAUCAAAAGGAAAACAACAUCAAAAAAGAUAAACGAAGCCAGGACUAUGGCAACAUGGACUAUGAGGAUGAUAACACUGACAACAAUAACAACAACAAUAACAAUCCAUCACCACAAGGCCGCGACGAAACGCAGUAUGACAAUCUAGUUUGGGUUAAGCCGCUAGCUGGCGGUGGCGGAGGCGGCAGUAUCAAUGGAGAGCGAUUAGGAAAAGGCGCACCCAAUAGCCCCAGCAGUUAUACGGAUACGAAUACAGAUACGCGCGACCAGCGCACAUGAUAUCAAAGAGUUGGCGACAUCGCGCAGUCGCAACAACAAGAUCAGCGGCCCCAACAACAGCGACAGUCACAACAACAACAACACCAGCACCAGCAUCAACAACGACGAAUGGCGCUGCCGCGUCGUUCGAGUUAUCGGCGACGUUUGCGUCGAAAUCACUGAAUCCGCAGGCACAAAUCCACAUUGACUCAUACACAUACUUACUUACAUAUAAAAAUAGCAUACCAAUAACCACACACACAAACACACACUGACGCACAGUCGUACACCCGCAUUACGCUGAAUUGCGUUAGUUGAACUAAAAUGAACUGAAGUGAACUGAGGUGUUGAUCCGCGGUCCACAUAGCCGCAUAUACACUGACAAUGACAAUGACUAUGCUGACAAUCCCAUUGAGUGCAAAAACGCUCACGGAAGUGAGUGUAUGGAUGUGUGCGCGCAAGUGUGCAAAGGAAACGGAAGUCUACGACAGCAGUUAACAAUAAAUGAGAAAUAAACGUAACUUUCAAUUGAAUGGUUUGUUGGAAUAACAGCAUAACAAAAGCAAUGGCUUGGCAGUGAAAGGCAUAAAAAAUAGACUAUGCAAAAGUGUUGCGAAAAAAAGAUGAUGCAAAGUGCGAAAAGUAGGAAAAUAGAAAUAAAAUGAAAUUAGAAUAAAAUGUCACUGCUCUUGUGCGCUUGUGUAUGUUU